UUAUAUGACCUCCUUGGCAUUGUAUUUAUAAGAAGGAUGUCUGCCAAAUGAUUAAAAAGGUGACACCCACGCAAGUUAAAGAUAUUAGCAGAUAAGCAACUUAUGGAAACCAAACCUUCAUUGAUUCUCAUCCUCUACUGCUUUCUCUUGGCAUCGUUUCUCUUCUUCCCACAUGGAGCAGACUCUCGUAAACUACUGCAGGGGGAAGAAGAAGAUGGCAAUGGACCAAAAAAAGCGGGAGUAAAAGGGAGUCGUUCAAGUUCAGCACCAUCUUGGGUAGGCCAUGAUUCUCCUCCCAAUAAUCCUCCCUCGCCGCGAGUAAAAAGGAGUCGUUCAAGUUCAGCACCAUCUUGGGUAGGCCAUGAUUCUCCUCCCAAUAAUCCUCCCUCGCCGCCUUCGCAGAAGUCAUGGCAGAAGUCAUUUGAAAAUCAAGUGCGCAGUGAAGCAGAACAAGAAGCCCAACGUGAAGCUUGCGAGUAUUCCCGUAGUUAUACUAAUGCUUAUUGUUCUCCUUAAUUUUAAAAGCCUUAAAGCAGCUACACCCAACAAUUAAGAGUCUGUCUUGCGCUUUCGAUCCUUCUGGACCAGGGUAUAGAUGUUAUCUACUUUGUUUGUGUACCGAGUAUUGUGUGUUUUUAUAUGAGAAAUUAGAGUGCCACAAACUAAGAAAAAAGAACUUCAAUGUUGAAAGUAAGUAUUAGUUGUUGGCGGAUACAUGCAACAUUAAACAUCUGUUCCAGGUUAAUUAAAGAACUGUUUAAUCUGUGUAAA